CGACAGCAACUAGAGUCGAAAUGGGAGGAAGACCUAGACAACAACUUUAGUAUCUUUCACUGACGACGCCUCAAUAAUACUUUCCUGCUUUCAUGAUUGAUAGAGAGAGAUAAGCUGCGAAUCGAUUCCCCACACUCCCUCCCAUCUGUCGUUUAAAGUCACUGCCACUACCCUCUUCCUCGCACGAACUCCUUUCCUCCUCCUCCUCCUUCUCCUCCUCCUCCCACUUCCUUACGUUACUUUUACGGCAUUUCCAUUCCUUCUGAUAGCGAGAGCUCUGAAAUUGAAAAUUUUCUUUUGAAAAGCAAAACAGUAUUAUGUACUUUCUUCGAAUCUUCCUUUGUGCUUCCAUUUUAGAGAUGUUCGCAGAAAUCGUCAAAGAUAUUACAGAGUAAUACCAAAAGGUUUAUCAGAUUACUUCUCUUUAAUUUGUCGUUCUGUGGAUCGAAAGGUUGGGGAAGAGAAUGGCGUUUCGUUCUUCAAGCUUUAGAUCAUCACUUUUGGCCAAUUUGUCGAAUAAGAUUGGUUUAAUGGAACAAUGGAAGGAAAACUGUACUGUUGAGGUUAGAUUAUUAGGGAGAAGCCGAAAUGGCAUUAAGGCUCCGGUUUUGUUGAUUUCAUCUAAAUGCAAGAGAAAUAAUUUCCCACAGAGAGACCGAAUUAGAUUCGCAGUCAGGAGCAUGUCGGAGAUGGAGAGUGUGCCGGAGUCCGGUGAUCCUGAGGUUACGGUUUUGGAACAGGAUGUGAAUGCGUCUUUGGGGAACGACUCCAGGAUUCCUCGGCGUAGCUUUACUCUCGACACUGACAAUGGAGGUGAUGGGAAGUACUCCUUGGGUAGUAGUGAUGGUGGCAACGGGAAAACUCCGUCUGGAGGUGGAGGAGGUGGUGCUGGUGGCAGCGAUGGCCACGGAGAGGGUGAUCAUGAAGAAGAGGAGUUAGGAUCAGUAAUGAAGUUUGAGGAAGUGAUGAAAGAGGCUGAAGCUCGUGGGGUUAGCCUUCCUUCGGACAUGUUACAAGCGGCUAAGACCGUUGGGCUCCGCAAAGUUCUUCUCAACAGAUACUUGGAUUUGCAGGGGUCAUUUUGGCCUGUACGCUUCGCCAUGAGAUCCUGCUCAUUGCUUCGCAACCGAAUGCUUGCUGAUCCAUCUUUCCUUUUCAAAGUUGGAACAGAGAUUGUCAUCGACUCUUGUUGUGCAACAUUUGCUGAAAUUCAAAAGCGGGGCAAGGAUUUCUGGUCAGAGUAUGAGUUGUACGUUGCAGAUCUUUUAGUUGGAACGGUUGUGAACAUUGCUUUAGUUGCUAUGCUAGCACCCUAUGCUCGUUUUGGGCAACCGACUGCAUCAAAAGGCUUCCUUGGAUGCUUGCAAGCUGCUAAUGCAGCUCUCCCUAGUAGUGUGUUUGAAGCAGAAAGACCAGGAUGCAGAUUUACAGUGCAGCAAAGGAUUGCAACAUACUUUUAUAAGGGUGUGCUGUACGGAUCAGUUGGGUUUGCUUGUGGUCUUAUUGGACAAGGCAUUGCAAAUUUGAUUAUGACUGCCAAACGGAGCAUAAGGAAAUCAGAAGAGGAUAUACCCGUGCCACCUCUCUUGAAAAGUGCUGCUCUUUGGGGUGUUUUUCUUGGUGUUUCUUCUAAUACCCGCUACCAGAUUAUAAAUGGCUUGGAACAAUUGGUUGAAGUAUCCCCUUUGGCAAAGAGAGUCCCACCUGUUGCAAUGGCAUUCACCAUCGGUGUGCGACUCGCCAACAAUUUUUACGGCGGUAUGCAGUUCGUAGACUGGGCCAGAUGGAGUGGGGUGCAAUAAGAAGUCAUCUUAUAGCUCUAUUAAACUAAGGCAUCUACACAAUAAGAAAAAGAGAAAUAAAAGCUUCAGAAUGCAGAUCUGCAACCUUAUUCAGCAAAAAAAGGCUGUGUUAGUUCUUCUAAGGCCAAUCACUGACAUCACAAGGAGGAGCUUCUCAUCAAACCAUAUGUAUGCCAUCCAGUUUUGUACUUGAGGUUGUUGUUGUAUCCUUACUUGGGGCUGUUCUCUUUACUACUAUGUAUGAAUGAUCAACAGUAAGAGUAGGAUAAAUUUAAUUACAUAAUUGCCUUUAUGAUCAGGACCACUGGUACAGUGUGUAAUUCUGGGACAUUACUUAGCUACUUCGUGUGUUUCCAGUUUGUUUUAA